ACCAUUAACAUAAGACUUAAUAAACACACGCUUUUCAUGUUAAACUCUUCUCGCUUAAAUAUCAUUAUCUCCUCUUUGACACUGCAGCAGCACCAGUCAUGCUUUGGCCAAUAGUAGCUUGCAAUCAAGACGCAAGAGAUGUUGCAAAGUUGCCAAUUUGAUUGUAGCUGAUUCUGAUUGGCAAUCGACGAUGCCCUCUCUAAUCAAAAAGUAGAAACUAUUUUCAUGACAUAAUUUAAGGACUCAAUGGCUCAUUGUCAGCACACAGCACAGGCUCAGCAUUAGCAAGCAAGAAGUCAAAGUAAGUUUUAUUUGGAUCAUCAUAAAAGCUUCAAGAUUAUUGAAGUGACAUUUUUACAGAAAUCUUCUGAAGAAUCAGAAACUGAUCUGAUUCGAUGAGGACUUUGAGUGUUAAUUGUUAAUAUUAUGUAUCAUACAUAAAUAUGUUUUCUCAGAUCCCCCUCUAGUCUCUUCAGAAAAUCCGACCAGGCUACAGAAUCCCGGUCAUUGAAUUUUUAGAACGACUCAUUUUUAAUUAAGCCUUACGAGCCAUGGUCAACUGCGCGAUUCCAGGAUGCACAUUAAACUCAUCCAGCUCGAAAAUAACUGAUGACCGUUUGAAAAACAAAAAGAAAGUCAGCUUCUUAGGGUUUCCAUUUAAAAAACCCACACUGCUGGCUAAGUGGAUUAGCUUCAUGCGCAGCUUCGAUGGAUUGCAUCACUGGAAACCUUCAAAAGGAAGCAAAAUCUGUGGCCUUCAUUUUACUGCAGAUUUAAUGGAGAAUUUUGGGCGUGGAAAGACUCCAUCUUUGGAAUUCAUUCCAACCAUCAAAAACCCAACUUUGAAACCACUUGGAAAGUCAAGGAAGAGAAGAAACACAUUCCCCACUGAGAGCUCAAAGCCGAAACAAGCAAAGCUUGAACACAAAAUCGACAAGCCGGUUUCAGAUAUUAGAAUCUUAGACGGGGCACCUCCUUUUGCUGCAGGGUGCUAUUUGUUUUUCAUAUCCGGCGUCGCACACAUCCUCACGAUUCACCCUUUGCCAAUUGAGGGUGCGGAAAUAACUAGCACUGGUCAGAGAAAAAAGGUUGCAAAAACCUUUAAGCACUGCCAAAGUUUUGAAGUUGACCGUGGCAUUGUUGAUGGCACUGUAACGUCUGAGGGAGUUAAAUCUCAAAAUGAGGGGAAAGAUGACGGGUACACCAUAUCUAUAUCCUCAGAUUACUCUAUCUCUAUAGAUGAAAGAAUAUCACAAGGAGACAGUGAAAAGAUAAAAUCUGCCACAAAAAAGACGGUGCCUUCACAACACAAUGAAGACUCAAAGGACAACAGAAAUGAUUCGAAUGACCUGAUUUCUAUCUUAGCAUUCAUUCCCAGUGUAAUUGGUCACCCUCAAAAUAUUGUCAAUGAUAAAAUCACUUCAGAGACUAUUGAAUCUACAUCAGGUAAUCGAGACGAGUCCAGUAAAGCAAAUUUUGGGAGCUGCUCUUCUCUAAAAGAUUCUGCUUUACCUCAGCUUGAACUUAACGAGAAUGAACUGCCUGAGUCUCAACACUUGAAUAAUGUAGAUUUUAUGGAAUUCGAAUUCAAUAAUAUGGAGCCGCUGAUAGAUUUUGGAAAUCCAUUAUUUAGCAGCCAAAGUCCCCCCUAUGAUGGGCAAGCUCCUUCCAGUGAUUCAGAUGGUUUCACAUCGCGUCUCUCUUUGUCCCAGUCUUCGGAGACCAUUUAUGAACCCUCACAUUUGCCACUGCAAUUCCAUCAAUUACAGUCUUUAGAUAAUGGUGCGGCUAAAAUGAAGAUUUCCAAUGACGACCUGCCAUGCGUACUUUAUGACCCCAUGUUACCUGCUCAGCUGUGUGAUAGGAACUGGACUGGCUCGUAGCCCACGGGAUGUGCUAAGCAGAGACGAAAAAUGAGUUUUUAGCGUGAUACCUCAAGAUCAAAUGUGCUAGUGUGAGAACAUUUUUGUGAAUACUUGGGGGAGGGGGGGGGGUUCUACUUCUCUGGAUAAAACAUAUAGGAUUUCGUUUGUCCUAGUUUUUUUAAAUGAGAUGAGAUGUUCACCCCGGAAAAAUGAAUGGUUGUUUUAAAUCUUGUUCGAAUAAAUAUACUGCAUUAUAAAUUAGUACAAAUUAUUUAUUCAAAAUUUCAGUGCAAUUUUUGCAAUGCAGCGCGUUAUUUUAUAUUUAAUUGAGUAAUGAAAAUUAGUAUUUAGCUUUUUAAUAAUAAAAUGCUAUAAAACCUAUUUAAAUAUAUUGCUUCGUCAAGUGUUGUCAAUGAGAAUGAGGAUAGUUAAUACUAACAAAAGAGGAAAACCUUCAAUCACGAUUGUUUAUAGUGGACCAGGAGGGUGACUACACUAAAACACAUCAAAAUUUCAAUGAUUGUGAAUGAGCCAGGCUAUUAAAAAUUGGGCUGAGUUUGUUAAGAAUAACACCAGACUGUGUACUAGUUAAAAUAUGCAAAAUUCCUUAGCACUUAGUUAAAUCUGAAAUUUUGUUGUAAAUAUAUAAUUGCUGACUAUUUUUGUCACUAUGAAUAAAAUGUAAUGUUAUAUUUAAUAAUAAAAUGCAGAAAAUUAC